AUGCAAAAUAAAAAUAUUUGUUAUUCUUACUUUUCUCCAAGUUUGAAAGAAAACUAUUCUAAAAAUUAUACAGUUUUGAAUAAAGAUGAUAUCUAUUCAAUUGUCAAUAUGGAUUACAAAAAAUUUUUAAAUUACUCCAAUUUACAGAAUGGUAUUAUAGAAAUAUACCUACUGACAGAAAAUUUUUGUAUAGAUUCUAUGAAAAAAUUAUUAAAUUAG